AUGUCCACAGAAGAGACUGCCGCGGAGAGGCGCGCUCGCCUGCGACGGAUGAAGAUACUGGCGGACUCGGAGAAGCGCCUCGGUCGAAUCAUCUACGGAGAUAGUGGUGGCGGUGGCGGUGGCGGUGAUACUGCCCCAGCCAACUCCUCCGCGGGCAGUAAUGGCUCCAGUGAGACCAGCACGGCGACCUCCAGCACUUCCGGCGGUGCCAUCACCACCACCACCACCAGUUCUUCCUCGAGCACCAGCAAAGACUGUGAUAGCCAGGUGUGGUCGUCAGUCGAAGGUAUCACCACCAACACCACCAACAGCAGCAGCAGCAGUAGUAGUGAUAAUAACCAGCAACACCUGCACCACCACCACCCCCAACACCAGUCACCCAACACUGAUCCAAAUGUCCAUGAGGACAUUUCCAGCGCUUCACUUCAACGGGAGAUGGAGGCCUUCUUCCAG